ACCGGGAUGAGUGUCGCAGACUAUCUCGAGCAUUACGACGCGACGUGGACGGCGUUGAUGCAGAAUCAAGAUCAGCUCCCACUGCAGGAUUACGGCGAACGGAGCGUGCUUACGACGUGGACGAUCUCGUACGAACAGGUGAAAAGUAUAGAUCCACUGGCAGCGCAGCUGCUUGACCUGUGGGCAUUCCUCCAUCAUGGCGACGUAUGGGCGGAGCUAGUA